AUGGCGCGUUCAGUACGAUGCAGUGCCUUGUUUAAAAAGUUUCGGACACCGUUUUUGGAAAGAAAAUGUCAUGUUCACAUUAAUUUGCAAGAUACAGCUUUCAGAAAUUAUUUAGAACGUUACAUCAGUGAGUAUGAUUACAGUUUAGCAGCUUUAAAAAUAUACGGAAACCACGAACUUGACGAUGAGAACGAAAUUUUAUCGGAAACAUUCGAUGAAACAACAUUUUGGAGAUUUGGAUGGUACGAAGUGCGAGAAAAUGUUGAACCCACGAACACUUAUAAACACGGAGUGAGGUCGUCAACGUUAUUCGCUAGAGGGUACAACGCGAUUGAACGUUACCUUAGAAACCAAGUGCAGAAUUUACAGGAAAAAGAAGCUUUUGCAGCUUUGCAGAGGUUUUAUUCAAACAAAGAGGAACAUGAAAGAUAUUUGAUGAAAAUAAGGCACAAAAUGUCUGAAGCUCAUCUGGCAUCUAUUGUUUCACAACAUCUGCUUUCUCAGCUACUUCCGGUUCCAUCUAACUACUUUAUAGACAGUAUUCACACAGAAUCACACACCUGUCCAUGUGGAUGUGGAGAAUUACUCCACUUUGGAAGCACACAACUUGGUAAUCCUCACCUUUUCUAUGGUUUUGCAGAUAUUGUUCUUGUACCCACAAACAAAAAUCUAUUUUUAGACACUGAUUACGAUAAAUCUGUCGUGUUCACAGUGAAAAGAAAAAUGGACGAGGUUUACACUCGUAGAUUGAUGUUCAGAGACCAAAUGAACAUCCGAGACUUAGAUGAUGAGGAAGAUAUUUUAACUGGAGAAUACAAAUGUGAAACAAAAUUAAUUGAUGAAAAACGUUUGUGUAAACAAGCGAUAUCAUCAUCUUUAUGCAAGUACAGAAAACACAUUGAAACUGGGGAUGUGGAAAAUGGCUGCCACAUGCCAGUGUGUGGCGUAACCCAGGAUUCCUGUGAGGUAGCUAUCUAUGACCCCGAGUAUGACUUCCUUUUGAAAAGCAGUGAGCCAUUGAAUCUUUUUGAGGACAAUAGUCAUUGCCUGAAGCUUUCUACCAUUGUAGACCUGUGGUUUGUAAUUCACCACAGUUUGUUCAGCAGCCAAACACCGCUCUCGGUUGCUUAUCAGCUUGAAGGGACAGCGAACCUGAUUCCAGAGCUCGGGAAUAAAAGAUUUCAAAAUGUCGUAAAAAAUUCAAUGUGGUUGUGUUUACCACAUCUCCAGCAACAUUCACUUUCACACGUUUCUAAAGAUGUCAUAAAAUUCACUGAUUAAAAAGAUUGUAUAAAUUUUCAAUUGAUCAGGAAUUUUGACAAUUUCUGAUUGGUUCAGACGAUUUUUUUCUGGUGGGUGCAGCAAGAGUGGGUUCACCUUAAUGUUAUCUUUAGAAGGUUCAGUUAGGAUUUCUCUCUUGACCAACCAAAAAGAUUUGCUGACAUUUUUAUUGGCCAAUCAAACUGCAUGUUUUAAGGCAUGUGUCAGUAUCUCAAAUUCAAUGUCAUUGAUGGUUGUACCAAACACUGUACGUAUUUAUGGUCAAAUUACCAUCAACUACAAUGUAAAAAAUUGAGAAUACAUUUUAUUAUUGUUACAGUUUCUAGUUUUUGACCAUUGAAAUAUUGUUACAAAUCAUGUUUAAUAUUUGUUGAAGAAAUAAAAAAAAAUUGCAAAGAACUGUUGUAAAAUUCUGCAACAUUUGAUAAGCAGUUUUUUACUUUUGAUUCGGUCUAAUGGUGACUAUAUGGACUUGGCCUAUGACCUCGGUCAACCGAUACCUGAGCACUGAGCAGGUCCACAUAUAGUCGCAAAUCGGCGGUUUUUAUCCUCAAGUCAAUAACUAUAAUUAUAUAUUUAGUGCAUGUAACAAAAUUCACCCUUUACAUGUAUUACAUUGAAGUAUUGAAAUCUGAAUGGGUGUUUUUUUUUGGUUCGAUCACCCUGUAUUAUAUUGAAGUAUUGAAACCUAUUUGAGUUUUUUGGCUCACCCUGUAUUAUAUUGAAGUAUUGAAACCUGUAUGGUUUUUUUUUGGCUCACCCAUGCAAGUAUUCAUUUUUUUAUAUUAAUUUCUUCCAGAGGAAAAUUUAACCAUGGAUUUCUUAUACAUUGUAUAUUCACGUGUCUUUAAACGUUAGCCAUGUUAGCUCAAUCAGUGAAGCUGUGAUUGGAAGGUUGCAAGCUCAAAAGUGAUUGUUCCUUUGCCAAAUGCGCAACUUUAAAAAGCAAGCUCAGAAGUACAAUGAACAUUUCUGAAAUAUAUUUUACUGUUCAUAUAUACUCGUUCGUGAUUAAAAUCAGAACUCUUGGCUUCCUGUGGGGCCAUCACCCUGUAACUAUACGGAGUCCGAACAUUUUCUUCACCUUUUUAUGUAUGUAUUUAUAACAAAGGCAAAACUAUAAUUUUGAGAAUCUACAACACACACACAUACAUGUGUACAUACUCCAAAGUGAUGUACCAACAUGAACAAUUUAACGAAUUUUGGGGAUGACCUGCUCCUUCCUUGGGACAGACGAAAAAGUUUUACCCUUAGAGAGCAAGAGAACUGCAAACGGUACAUAAUACGCCCGUGAAAAUGCUUACAUAGGGUGUUUUUCUUAAUCCAUAAUUUGUAGAACUUUGCUUCAGGUAGUAUCAGCCAUCACCAGGCUGUGAUAUAAUUUCUUUACAUUGUAUGAAUAAAGGGUUUUGGCUUAAAAUUGUGACAAGAGGUAGAUAGACAAUCCAAGAGUUCUGUUUGUAAAAUAUUUCCCCAAAGAAGUUCAACCUGCAAAUAUUUAAAACAUCAAAUAAAAUUAAAAAUUGUUGAGAAUUAUGAAGUAUGCUGGCAUGAAGUGUCAGUUCAUACCCUCAUACAUUUUCAAAAAUGAAAUUCCUUUCUUAAUUUGUAUAGUGCUUCUAUGAAAUAUGAGUCAGUCACAGGGCUGGCUACACUCAAAAGUCGCCAGUCCUGUUCAAAGUCUGAUAGUUCUGUUUUUUAGUUUUGUGAUGUUUUUUAUUUCACAUGAAUGGAUUUUACGAAUAAAGCUUAUUUGAGACA